CAAGCACACACGCAUCACGCGUACGUGGGGGAGUUGGAGUUCCUUUGAGCCCGAGGAGAGCCUCAAUAGGCAAUCCCUAUAUAUGAUCGUCCAUCGUUGCUUUAUUCUCUCUCUUCGUUGUCGGAUCGGCUUCUCUCUCGCUCGCUCUGGGAGAAAUCCAUUUUCGUAGUAGACCACUUUCUUCUUCUACCGCACAUAUCCUACAGAAGCGGAGUGAGUUACAGAGGUGCUCUCUUUAUCACCAAAGAGAGAGAGAGAGGGAGGGAGCAUUCAUUCUUCGGAGUCAAAUCCGGGUCUGAUUAAGUUUAUAAGUUUGAAAGGAAUUGAAGAAAGAGUAAAUUUCAUCAAAUCCCUGUUUGCUUGCAAUUUCAUAGUGAUCACUUUGGUUCCUGCGCAUACGAGUUUGAGAUCACACAACAUGAGCAUUCAAUCCCGCAAUGACCGAGCCAGACUUCCUGCAAGAAACGUUCGCCAAGAGUGGGUCCCGAGGGGAGCUGCUGCGGCCUCAGCUGUGAACCCACCUUUAACUAUCAGUUCCAACCCGCCUGGAAAUGGUACACGUCCUAAUCAUAACAAUGCGCCACCUGAUAAUAGGCACAGGGUAAACAAUGCUUCCAGGGGCCACACAGGUCGGUCUUCAAAUCCUAGGAAGGAUAGGGGGAGGAGUGAGACUCAGACUGGGAAAAUGAAGGAUGAGAAUUUGCCUCAACUUGUGCAAGAAAUCCAGGAGAAACUCAUGAAGGGUACCGUCGAAUGUAUGAUUUGUUAUGAUAUGGUGCCAAGGUCUGCUCCCAUUUGGUCGUGCAAGAGCUGUUUUGCAAUUUUCCAUUUGAAUUGCAUCAAGAAAUGGGCUCGUGCGCCCACUUCUAUUGAUCUAUUGGCUGAGAAAAAUCAGGGUUUUAAUUGGCGGUGCCCUGGUUGUCAAUCCGUACAGCUCAUUUCAUCAAAGGAGAUUGGUUAUGUUUGUUUCUGUGGGAAGAGACCUGACCCACCUUCAGAUUUUUAUUUGACACCUCAUUCUUGUGGAGAACCCUGUGGAAACCAGCUUGAGAAAGAGGCUGGUGAUGAGGGUAAGGGUGAUCUUUGCCCUCAUGUUUGUGUGUUACAGUGCCAUCCAGGUCCCUGCCCUCCUUGUAAAGCAUUUGCACCUCCGCGCAUUUGUCCCUGUGGGAAGAAAGUAAUUACAACAAGAUGCUCGGACCGAAAGUCUGUUCUCACUUGUGGUCGGCAUUGCGAUAAGCUUCUUGACUGCCAGCGUCACCGUUGUGAAAAUAUUUGCCAUCUUGGUCCAUGUGAUCCUUGUCUUGUCUUAAUCAACGCCUCUUGUUUUUGCAAGAGAAAGGUUGAGGUUGUUCUAUGUGGAGAAAUGGCUGUGAAAGGCGAAGUUAAAGCUGAAGAUGGUGUUUUUUCCUGUAAUUUAAUUUGUGGAAAGACGCUGAGUUGUGGAAAUCAUGAUUGUGUCGAAACAUGCCACCCUGGCCUUUGUGGAGACUGUGAUUUGAUGCCUGGCAGGGUUAAGUCGUGCUGUUGUGGAAAGACGAGCUUGCAGGAGGAACGCCAAAGUUGUUUGGACCCAAUUCCUACUUGUUCACAGAAAUGUGGUAAGGCCCUUCCUUGUGGGAUGCAUCACUGUGAGGAGGUAUGCCAUGCUGGGGAUUGUCCACCCUGUAUGGUUCUUGUCACACAAAACUGUCGAUGUGGAUCAACAUCUAGGAGUGAAUGCCAUAUAACAACCAUGGAAAAUGAUAAAUUUGUCUGUGAGAGAUCUUGCGGGCAGAAGAAGAGCUGUGGGAGGCACAGGUGUAGUGAGAGGUGCUGCCCUUGUUCAAAUUCUUACAAUCAUUAUUCUGGGGAUUGGGAUCCACACUUUUGCCAGAUGGCAUGCGGCAAGAAGCUAAGAUGUGGACAGCAUUUUUGUGAAUCAUUAUGUCACAGUGGCCAUUGUCCACCUUGUCUUGAAACUAUCUUCACUGAUCUGACUUGUGCGUGUGGGAGAACUUCAAUCCCUCCUCCGCUGCCGUGUGGGACGCCUCCGCCAUCCUGUCAACUUCCAUGCUCAGUUCCUCAACCCUGUGGCCACCCGUCUUCUCACAGCUGCCACUUUGGAGACUGCCCUCCUUGCUCAGUGCCUGUAGCAAAAGAAUGCAUUGGUGGACAUGUUGUUCUUAGAAACAUUCCUUGUGGGUCAAAGGAUAUCCGAUGUAACAAGCUCUGUGGAAAGACCAGGAGGUGUGGUCUCCAUGCAUGUAACAGGACUUGUCACCCAGUGCCAUGUGACUCUCCCUGUGGACCUGAAACACUGUCAAAGGCUUCUUGUGGGCAGACAUGCGGUGCUCCUAGGAGAGAUUGCAGGCACACAUGUACCACACCUUGUCAUCCGUCAGCUUCUUGCCCUGACGUGAGGUGUGAGUUUCUGGUUACUAUCACAUGUGGUUGUGGUCGGUUAACAGUAACAGUUCCUUGUGAUGCUGGAGGUAGCAGUAGUGGUUUCAGUGCUGAUACCAUUCACGAAGCCUCCAUUGUCCAAAAGCUGCCAGUACCACUACAACCAGUGGAAUUAAAUGGGAAGAAGGUUCCACUUGGACAGAGGAAGCUUGUGUGUGAUGAUGAAUGUGCCAAAUUGGAGCGUAAAAAGGUUCUUGCAGAUGCCUUUGAUAUUACACCCGUCAACUUGGAUGCACUUCAUUUUGGUGAGAAUUCCGUUAUGACAGAGUUACUUGUAGACUUGUAUAGGCGUGAUCCCAAGUGGGUGCUAUCUGUGGAGGAAAGAUGCAAGUAUUUAGUAAUGGGCAAGAGCAGAGGGACUACAAGUGGUCUGAAGGUUCAUGUUUUCUGUCCGAUGCUGAAGGAUAAGAGAGAUGCUGUGAGACUUAUAGCUGAGAGGUGGAAGCUUGCAAUUUAUUCUGCUGGUUGGGAGCCUAAGCGUUUCAUUGUGGUUCAUGCGACACCUAAAUCUAAGGCCCCACAACGUGUUAUAGGUGUUAAGGGUACCACCACUCUGAAUACGUUCCAUCUGCCAGUUUUUGAUCAUUUGGUUGACAUGGAUCCUAGGCUUGUUGUUUCUUUUGUAGAUCUGCCAAGAGAAGCAGAUAUUAGUGCAUUAGUCCUGAGGUUUGGUGGGGAGUGUGAGCUAGUUUGGGUGAAUGACAAGAAUGCCUUGGCUGUCUUUAAUGAUCCUGCCCGAGCAGCAACUGCAAUGAGGAGAUUGGAUCAUGGAUCUGUCUACUAUGGGGCUUCGAUGAUUUCUCAAAGUGUUGGAGCAUUGGGGGGAUCAUCCGGUAGUAAUGCUUGGGGAGGAGCAGGGUCAACCGAGGAAGGAGGUGCCCUUGCUGCAUUGAAAGGCAACCCAUGGAAGAAGGCUGUAGUUCAGGAUCCUGGUAGGAGAGAAGAUUCGUGGGCUGAUGAAGAAUGGUCCAGUGGUUCUGCAGUGCAGGUUUCUGCUUGGAAGGUGAACGAAACUCCUAUUGCUGCCUCAAUAAACAGGUGGAGUGCGUUCGACUCUGAAACAUCUUCGAAUCCAGCUGCUGCAUCUGUUAAAAUUGAAGAUACUACAGAACGUGUGGAAAAUCAAUCCAAGUCAGGGUUGGAAUCGAUUGCAACUUGUUCGAGUUCCGCAGGGCAACCCAAUGCAGCAGAUGUCAUUGACAAUGAUCUUACUGAAGUAGUGGAUGACUGGGAGAAGGCUUAUGAAUGAGCCAUUUGCAACACAAGGUACAGUUUUGGGAUACUGGAGCUUGUGGAGAGGCUGAUGGAGGACCAAUUUUGUUUCUUUUCUUUUCUAAUGGCUGGUUUCUAUGCCCUUAAAAAAGGCAUUUGGUGAUGAUUAUCUGUUUUUUAAUAUCCUGAAAUCGUCAUCAGAAUUUACAGGGACCCUGUAGGCUCUCCUGUAUUUAGACACAUUUAUCUGGUAAUGCUGAAUAGUUUUUCGUAUCAUUUACGAC